AUGACACCCCUCGCCAUUUCUGUCCCCGAUGGCUCGGGCUCGCCAAGUGCAACACGUCGGAAGUUUUCACUCUACGGGGACCGGUUACGGGAUAGUGACAACAGCCCCGUGCCGGGUGCCUCGACCGGCGAUGCAUCACCUUUUGCUUCGCCGUUGGCUUCGCCCCUCGGAUCACCUCUUGCAUCACCUCGCGUGCAUAUCGUGCCGUUUGGUGCUGCCUACCGCCAUGCACGAGCUCCGUCAGACGAGUCACUCUCACAACUGCCGCCUUUGCCAAUGUCACCACGAUGGGAUUCGUUGUCCAACCCUGCUAAAUUUAUCCUGCAGCCCUCAGCAUCGACCCCGGCAUCGCCAUUCGAACCCCCGCCACAUUCUCCCUCACCUUUUGCAUACGACACAGCCGCAAGCACGCCUAUCGAAUCUCGAAACGCCUCCCCGACAUUCCCUCUGAAAUCUGCUUCAUCACUGGCUGAUCUGCGCGCCUACGACAGCCCUCCAACGGCCGUGGAGAACUUCUCGCGGCCGCGGAAACAGAGCAUUCGUCAGCCAAUCACAGACGCGGCUAAGACCCGGGCCGCCCCCAGCGCCCCAAGCGCCUCAAAUGCCCCCAGCUACAAUGCCGCCGACCAGUACUUGGAGCUCGUCACCUCUCCCCAACAUCCUCUCUGGCCUCCGACACGCCCCCGCGGCCCUUCUGUUUCGUCUUGUCAAUCAUCGUCGACCUACCACUCGGUCCUCUCUCCUCCCGGUAACGACUUAUAUGAGCAGCGAGCGCCCCGUGCUAGGACCACCAAUGGUGCGACAUCAUCCGCCGCACGGCCGCCCUUGAGCUACACCAACAGCGGCUCGGCUUCCCCGAGCCCUGUCGUCGCCCCUUGGAUGAGUGGUGAAGAGCUUCGCUCAAGCUUCCGCUCCCAAUUCACAGAAUCAACUGCUCCUGGCACCGCCGUCACAGAACGAAGCAGCGUCCUUACAAAGGACAGCUCCGUCACCUCGCUCUAUCCUAGCCCGGAAGGGGACGCUGAGCCAGAGGGUGACGCCGACAACGAGUUCGACCCCGAUCUCGACGAGCCGAGCCUUGAGGAUGUUAUGGGCAUGUACGAGCAAGGCUUCGACGACGACGACGACGAAGACGACGACAACAACGACAACUACUCGGACUACAACGUCACCAUGAACGCCCGCCCAGCUACCUUGACGUCGGACUGGGAGCCGCGUCGGAGCGUCUUGGAUGCUACCGAUGACGAGGACUUCCCCAAGCGGCCGAUUCCAGAGUCCGUCUCGACAUUGGAUGUCGAGAUCCGAAUGUCCAAGAUGAUCUUUACCUCUCCUGCCUUUACAUCAUCCGUACCCCAUAUCGCAGAAAAAGAACACUACAAUCGGGGAAUCGCUGAAAAGCGCGACUCGGCCAAGUCGAUCGACUCAGAACCCUCAGUCAAUUCUCAACAACCUCCCUCUGCUACCGAACCUUCUGUUACACGCUCUCCAUCCAUUUCGACACCCAUCUCUCCUCCCAUCUCUCCACCUAUCCCAGCACACAAGCCAGCCGAACGUCCCGACACCCCUGAAUCUACCAAAGACCCCGAACCCUCACCCGAACCCCCUGUCAUCACUGUGGCCGCCGCACCCACCGCACCUGUUGAGCCCGAAGACCCCGACUCCCGUGAUCGCUACGGCUUCAAGAAGGCGAACCAAUACGUCACCCGGGAGCAAUACGACAACUGGAAUGCUGGUUAUACCGAGUACCUGGCCCGCCGUCGCAAGAAGUGGGCCGCGUACCUCAAAGACAAUGCUCUUAUGACAGAUCAUCCCAACCGGUUUCCAGCUCCCAACGCAAAGACCAAGCGGUUCGUGCGCAAGGGCAUUCCCCCGGAAUGGCGCGGUGCGGCCUGGUUCUACUAUGCCGGUGGACCUGCGAUCCUCUCCCAGCACUCGGGUCUCUACGACAAGCUGACCUUUAAGAGGGCCAAGGACGUUGACGCCGAAGCGAUUGAGCGGGAUCUACACCGCACAUUCCCGGACAACAUUAAGUUCAAGCCUCCCGGUGGACCAGAGACGACGGCGUCAAGCAGCACCAGGGAGAGCCGGACGACUAUGACGGAUUCCACCCGCAGCUCAAGCCCGGGUCUACCCAACACUGAGGGAGAGCCACCCAUCAUUACGUCGCUGCGUCGGGUGCUUCACGCCUUUGCCGUGUACAACCCUCGAAUUGGCUACUGCCAGAGCUUAAACUUUUUGGCUGGCCUCUUGCUCCUCUUUGUUGAGACGGAGGAGCAGUGCUUCUGGCUCCUCAACGUCAUCACAGUCGUCUACCUCCCAGGGACGCACGAGAUGAGCUUGGAGGGCUCCAAGAUCGAUCUCGGCGUGCUCAUGACUGAGAUGCGUAACUCGAUGCCCGCCAUCUGGGACAAGAUUGGCGGUGAGCUCGAGGCGGACCCCAACUCACGGCCGUCGACUGGCAAGUCAAUGCGGCUUACUCGGGCACGGCGUAAGGAGCUGCUACGCAUGUCAACGCCAACAGACCGACUCCCACCAAUUACGCUCUGCAUGACGGCAUGGUUCAUGAGCUGCUUCAUCGGAACUCUGCCGAUUGAGACUACCCUCCGAGUGUGGGAUGUCUUCUUCUACGAAGGCUCCAAGACGUUAUUCCGCAUCGCCUUGGCUAUCUUCAAGCUGGGCGAGAACGAGAUCAAGUCUGUGGCUGACCCUAUGGAAAUGUUUGGGGUGGUGCAAUCGAUGCCAAGGCGACUGAUUGACGCCAACGCGCUCAUGGAGGCUUGUUUCAAGCGGCGGAAUGGCUUCGGGCAUCUCAGCCAGACCCAGAUCGACGAGAAGCGCCAGGAACGCCGAGCCAAGGCACAGCUGGACCGAGCACGACAAGGGAAGAACCUCAACACGUGGAACGUGGCGCAAUCAGACACAGAGGGCGGCAAGAGGAGCAUUUUCGGGAAGAAGAGGUCACCGACAGGUGCAUGA